CAAGGACAGAGGGAAGAAGCUUUGCCAUUCUGUUUGGUAAGCACGGGAGGAGGCAAUGUGGUUUCCGAUACAUUUUCAUCGAUCCUUUUGCCUUUAGUGCUGCCUUCGACAUGCUUUUAUGAAAUGGAUUUCCUACUAGAAUGGCGCUCUCGAAUUGAGCUAAAGCCAUCGUUCUACUGCUUUUUUCAACUCCUGUGUGCUGUAGUAGUUACGACUUCCUAUUUUUGCUAAAAAAAUAAUGUUGGAUAAAGAACUCUUCUAUAUAAUGUAGCUCAAAUACUCUAUAUCAUGGCUCAAUGAUGUUGGACAAAUAAGCACUCCAAGCUACUCUAUAUUCUUGGAGCCAGAGCAGCUAAUGCAAUUUUUAUAAUUCAUCCAAUUCAUUGAAUAAAAAAGAUUCUUCUACUUGCACCUCUCCUACUUGUCCAAUCAAAACAUAUUUUUACAAGAUCCCAAAUUUUUUUCUAAUUGCUACAAAUCGCGAACUUAGUGAUGCCGAAGAGCGCAGAAGGCGCACUGUGCGCGAUUUGGAAGCUCCUUGCGGUAGACAGCAUGGUCCGACCGAUUGUCGAAGAAGAGCUCAAAUAUCCUAUGUUGUUGGACUAAUUCGUCCUGUUAGCUGCCAUUUGGCCUCUACGGUGAUCACGGAUGGUCAUUAUAUCAGGAGCACAUACAUGACAAAACCAUUACAGCAGAACUCCGCAACUGGUGCAUCUGCGGCUCCACGAAUGGAGCUGUGGAAUGAUAUCAGCCCACUAAACAUUGGUGACUAAUGCGAUGAGGAAGGCCUAGAGCUAAGGAGUCACCCAAGUGAGAUCAGCUCACUAAUGCAGCGAUGAUGAUGAAGUAGGACAUAAGGUCACUAGUGCGACGCUGGGGUCCACCAUUAACAUGGACGUGAUGGGACGAAAUGCUUGCAUGAUUGAUGAGCAUUGAAAAAACUGAAGUAGGAAGCUCCUAUUUUUCGCUUGUGACAGUGAAAGAUCUGAAUUCGACUUCAC